AUUUAUUUGUGAGGGUGAAAAAACAAAUCAUUGUUCAGGGUUUAAAGUAUGUAAAAAGAUCCGGUAUAAUAAAGGCCUGGACUUUUGGGAGCAGAUCUAAUAAAAUAAUGCGUUUUUUUUUUUAAUCCUCACACGACGAUUUAACCUGUAAAGUAAUCGUGGCAUCAUCUGGAUACUGAUAAACUAUUAAAGACAAAGUGGAGACAAUAAGACAAGGCAGCUCUUGUUGUCAUGGAGCUUUUAGCUGGCUACAAAACACUGAAAGUGAACGGAGGCUAAUCUGCUGCUGAAGGAUGGACGUCAGUAAAGAACAUCAUCUCUGAAACUUAAUAUUUUCUGACAAGCCACGCCCUUCUGAUUCUCACCUUUAUUUCUGUACCCUGCUUUCUAUAAUAUGGGCAAGAAACACACAAUCAAAAGUAGUCUGAUCUAAAGCCAGGGGAAACACACUGCAGCAGAUAUGAUUGAAUAAAUCUACUCAUAAAGACGUCUUAAGAGUAAAGCCUGUGUUAACCCUUACGGCAUGGAAAGAUGAGUGCCUGCAAACGAUGAUGGCUAAAAAGCAAGAUUCACGGGUGCCUACCUACAACCUGGUUGUAGUUGGCCUGUCAGGCACUGAGAAAGAGAAGGGCCCAUGUGGAGUUGGCAAGUCUUGCCUUUGUAAUCGCUUUGUCCGACCUAGUGCAGAUGAUUUUCACCUCGAUCACACAUCUGUGUUGAGUACCAGUGAUUUUGGUGGCCGAGUUGUCAACAAUGACCAUUUCCUGUUCUGGGGAGAGGUGGAGCGAGUCUUGGAGGAUAGCAAUGAGUGUAGGAUGCAUGUGGUGGAGCAGACAGAGUUUAUUGAUGACCAGACCUUUCAACCACAUCGUAGCACAGCUUUACAGCCUUACAUAAAAAGAGCUGCCUCCACAAAACUGGCCUCUGCAGAAAAACUCAUGUACUUUUGUACAGACCAGUUGGGCUUGGAACAGGACUUUGAGCAAAAGCAAAUGCCAGAGGGAAAGCUGCAGGUCGAUGGAUUUCUACUAUGUGUCGAUGUAAGUCGAGGGAUGAACCGCAGCUUUGAUGAUCAAAUGAAGUUCGUAACCAACCUAUAUAAUCAUCUAGGUAAAACUAAAAAGCCUGUUGUGCUGGUUCUCACUAAGUGUGAUGAAGGAGUUGAGCGAUACAUCAAGGACUCUCAUACAUUUGCCAUCAACAAAAAGAAUUUGCAGGUUGUCGAAACAUCAGCUCGAUCUAACGUCAAUGUGGACUUAGCCUUCCUUACUCUGAUUCAACUCAUUGAUAAGGGAAGGGGCAAGCAUAAGAUAAUACCUUAUUUUGAGGCUUUAAAACAUCAGAGUCAAAUAAUUGCCACUGCAAAGGACCGAUAUGAAUGGUUAGUAAACCACAUAGUGAAGAAUCACAACGAGACCUGGCCUGCUAUUAGCCGACGUAUGCAGCCAUCACCGGAAUACAAGGAAUAUGUCUUUUUAGAAGGUACAGCUAAAGCAAAAAAGCUUUUUCAGCAGCAUGUUCAUCGACUUAAACAGGAGCACAUUGAAAGACGCCGUAAAUCAUAUUUAAGUGCUCUCCCUCUGGCCUUGAGUUCCUUAGUGUCUGAACUGGCUGAAAUUGAGCAUUUAAGCUGGUCUGGGGUGCAGAAGGUACUGGAGUCCAAAAAGGACUUUGACCAUUGGUUUGUGGUGCUGGAGGAUGCACCAUGGGAGGACACGCCACAUCUCGACAAUAUGGAAGAUGAACGCAUACCCUUUGAUGUGCUGGAUACAACUGCCGCAGAAAUCAUAUUCGAUGCCCAUCUUGAACAUUUGAGAAAUGAGUGCAAGCGUGCCGAGAUGCGACACGAGUUUAAGAUGAAGUUGGCAUCCUCACCCUUUGUCACUCCUGGCAAGCCAUGGGAAGAGGCACGGAGCUUCAUAAUGAACGAAGACUUCUAUCAGUGGUUAGAGGAGCCAGAAUACUUGGAUAUCUAUAAUAGGCACCAAAAGGUGAUCAUAGACAGGGCAAAGGAGGAUUUCCAAGAACUACUUCUGGAGUAUUCUGAGCUUUUUUAUGAACUUGAAGUGGAUGCUAAACCAAGUAAAGAAAAGAUGGGGGCAAUUCAGGAAGCACUGGGAGAAGAGCAGCGCUUCAAGGCGUUGCAGAAACUGCAGGCAGAAAGAGAUGCCUUAGUAUUAAAGCACAUCCAUUUUGUUUAUCACCCAACCAAGGAUACUUGCCCGAGCUGUCCGUACUGUAUUGACAACAAGAUCGAGCAAAUAUUAGCUUUGUGCUUCCCUAUGCGCUAUCCGUCCUUUGGAAAGUCUCAAAUGCAUGAAAGCAAAGCAGAAAGGAUUAACUUAGUGAUUCUGGGCAAAGAUGGUUUAGCAAGAGAGUUGGCCAAUGAGAUUCGGGCUAUGUGUGCCAACGAUGACUACUAUGUUCUUGAAGGCAAAAUAUAUGAGCUGAUACUCAGGCCUAUUGAGGGUAAUGUUAGGCUUCCUGUUAACUCUUUCCAUACAGCUACAUUCACACCUCACGGGUGCCUGUGUUUGUACAAUUCCAAGGAAUCUUUGUCCUAUGUUCUAGAAAGUAUUGAGAAGUUGCGUGACUCCACACUCGGCAGAAGGGAUAACCACAUAGCUCAGCUCCCUUUGUCUCUCUUGUUAGUCACUAAGAGAGGUGUAGGAGCUUUGAGUGACCUAGGUGGCGAGACAGCCCAAAUCUUAAUUGCACAGGGUCAGCACGUAGCCAUGAAACUGCAAUGUGAAUUUUUGGAGCCGGCAUCCCCUGGUUCAGGCUAUGGGCGGAAUGUGAAUGAGAAACAGAUAAACCAAGUAUUAAAGAGUUUGUUAGACAUAAGAAGGAAUGCUGUGUUUCGUAGUGGUUCACCAUCAUCACCCCCUUUGCCUCCAAGUAUCAGAGAUAUGCAGCAGGACCAGAAUCCAGAGGCAGACUUGCGAAUUGUCAUGUGUCUAAUGUGUGGAGAUUCCUAUGAUGUAGACCAACUUCUCUCGCCCUUCUUAUUGCCUCAGCAUUGCAGGCCAAGCAAUUCCAGUGGUAAUUCAGUGCUGCUUGAACAGACAGUUGGUGAAAACAGGCUAACAAUAGAGCUGUCCUUAUUAUCAUACCAUGCUUCUUUUACCAUGCGCAAGAGUCGACGUGUACAUGGGUACAUAGGUGUUUACUCUGCUCGCCGCAAAGCCUCGUUGGAAACCUUGUGUGCCUUACUCUGUGAGGUUCCAGACAUUGUUCCAGUCCAACUGCUAGCUGUGGGAGAAACAGAGACUGAACUGACAGACUCUGAGUCUGCACGAGAGCUGUUGGUCCAGGGUGAAGAACUGGCCCAUGAAAUCGAUGGCCAUUUUGCUAGUUUGGUCUGUGGACCAGGUGGAGUUGUGGGAGGACUGCACAGAAUAGAUCUUCUACAGUCUUUCUUUAUGGAGGUAGCAGAGAAGAAGACUCUUGUUGAGGCAACUCAUGUGUAUGAUAACGCUCCAGAGGCAUGUAGCACAAACGAAAAUGUGUAUUCACCCCAUUGUGGUUCCCCUAGCCCUGUAACUAUGCUGUUAGAUUAUGAAGAGGACAUGGAAGCUUCACCGCCUUACUUUGAUGGCACCCUCGCCUCCCAUAGUGGUUUCAAGCUCCCUGACCUGGACUCAGGUGACACGUUCUCUGUAAUCUCUGAACUCAGUACUUUUGAGAACAAGUUGAACAACAAAGUCCCUUUACAUAUGAGGCCAAAACCCAGUGUCACUUUUGACUUCAGAAAGCACAACUAUAACCCCUACAUGGACCCUAGCCAUCGUCGGUCUCUUACCUCCAACGUCACUUGGCCUCCCUGCGGGGAUGGAGUGUAUGAUCCAUCUGAUUAUGCUGAGCCAAUAGAUGCUGUUUCUAAGCCACGACCCAGCCAUGAGGAGAACAUAUAUUCAGUGCCACAUGACAGCACACAGGGUAAGAUCAUCACCAUACGGAACUCCAACAGGAUGCACUCUAACGGAGGUGUGAAUGGCUCAGAUAGUGAAGGGGACGGCAGCUCUUUGGAGAGGCACAGGAAGAUCUCUUCAGCAGGAGUAAAGCCACGAUUGUACCGAGACCGCUCCAAGCGUCUAGGCAAGUUCAGCAGCUUCCGCACUAGUUUCUCCAUUGGCAGUGAUGAUGAGUUUGGUGGUCUUCCGAAAACAAAGGAGGAUGACGUGACAACUUUGAAAGGAGAAUCACUGAUUGAGGAAGGGGAUGAUAAGAAAAGGAACAUUCUGAGGAGCCUGCGUCGACCAGGCAAAAAAACCAGACUAAAGCCUCGACACUCUGUCUCCAAACCUCUGGAGAGUACUUAUUUUGGGGUGCCAUUAGUUAAUGUUGUGUCCCCGGAUAGACCCAUCCCACUGUUCAUCGACAAAUGCAUCCGCUUCAUCGAGGCCACAGGGUUGACUACGGAGGGUAUUUAUAGAGUUAGUGGAAACAAGUCCGAGAUGGAGAGCAUGCAGCGGCAGUUUGAGCAGGACCACGAUCUGGACCUGGUUGAGAAGGACUUUCCGGUUAACACGGUAGCCGGAGCUUUAAAGAGCUUUUUCUCUGAGCUGCCUGAUCCAUUGAUCCCAUACAUUCUACAAGUGGAGCUGGUGGAAGCUUUCAAGAUUAACGACAGGGAGCAGAGACUGCAGACCAUGAAGGAUGUGCUGAGGAGAUUUCCUCGUGAGAAUUAUGAAGUUUUCAAACAUGUCAUGAGCCACCUGAACAAGGUUAGCCAGUGGAGCAGAGUCAAUCUGAUGACCAGCGAGAACCUGUCCAUCUGCUUCUGGCCCACACUCAUGCGCCCUGACUUCACGACCAUGGACGCCCUCACCGCCACGCGCACCUACCAGACCAUCAUCGAGACGUUCAUCCAUCAGUGCGCCUAUUUCUUUUACAACCAGGCUCCGGCCGAGUCUCCCACAGGCCUCUAUGGCACUUCGGUGCCCUCCGCACUUCCCCCUUCGCCCAGUGCCGCCCCCUCAUGCACCCCUUCACCUUCGCACUUCAGCCCAGCGCUGCAUUCACCCCCCAGCUCACCCCCUCAGAGCCCCCUCACCGUCCCCGCAGAGACGCACACACUGUGAGACAGGGAAUCCCACAGAGAGCUAACGACUGCUCAUAUCUACUCACGCGUACAGUUCUAUGCUGCAGUCUUUACAUAGACAUUUCUUAUGUAAACACCAUUACACACAAAUCCUUGUGUGCAUAUUUAAAUUUGCAUGUAGCGACUGGAUUCAACGCCGUCUGAGAGUUUGUGAACGAUUUCCGUUCUUUUGCACAAACUUGAAACUGUAGCACUCUCACACACUUCUCCUGUCUCGUCGUGGACCGUCACUGUUAAGGGGGACCAGAACUUCUUAAUCAAGUCCAUGUCCUUAUCAGAUUUCUCAGUGUGUGCGUUUUUUCCUGUUCAUCUCUCGUCUGUUUUUUUUUUUUCUUUUUCAUUUUUUAAUGAAUUCUCUCAGUCUCUCGCUUAACUUCAUCCAUUCCCUCUUUUCUGCUUUGCUGAUCUCAGACCGAAGCUGCUUUUUUUUUGUUUCGUUUCCAGCCACACAUGAAGGAAAUACACUAGGGAGACGCACUACAAAUGGAAAUCCAUUCAAGCACUUAUUUAAAUGCUCUUUGAUGAAGUUAAACAGACCCUUUGAAAGAGUACUGAUUAAAAAAAAGUGUGUGUGUGAGAGGGGGGGGGGGGGUAGAAGUACUAUCGCUGCAUGCUUAUUUGCAAAGACAAACUUUUUUCCAGUGUCAAUUUAAUCUACCUGAUCCCUUGUUAAAAGACAGCAUGGAUUUGAAAAAAAAAAGAAAAGAAAAGAAAAGAAAAAAACGAUGAAGAUGUCACGUAUGAAAGUUUUGAUCUCGUUUUCUUCUCUCUGUGAUAUGAAGCUUUGACGCUUUUUGCUUUGAUCGGUUCCUGUGGAUAUGUGCUCUUUUUAUGAGAUUUGAUUGGAUGAAUCUGGAACUCCAGAGGCUUUGAUCGCACUGAGACUCGGAAUGACUUUGAACUUUUAACAUUUAAUCUCUAAACCUUUAACCUUUUAAUCAAGGGUGAUCCCAGAAACCCUCCCACCAUAAAACAUGGGAUGUUCAAAAAAAAAAAAAAACACCACACACACACACACACACACACACACACACACACACACACACACACACAGGCCUUCUUUGGACAUUCUCUGUUUGUCACUUAUCUAAAGCACUUUGUUUUUUUGUUUUAUUUUAAUUUAGGCCUGAUUUUGUGAAGAGUAACACUGAACUGCAUUUGGUGUAGUCUGGGGAAGUUUAUGAUCCUAAUGAAGCAUCUGUUCAUCUCUGUACUGGAUUUUUCCUUGUAUGUCUGUGACAAUAAGACUAAACUGCAACUAACGUAGGCAUAAACUGCUAAUGUUAUCAUUUCAGCGCCGCCUCCACGCCGUCUCGAGAUCUGUGCAGCAUCUAGUUCUCUGGUUCUCCAGUGCUCUAACUCCGUUACACUGGUCCACAAGGUGUAGAAGGUUCCAGUGAGUCAUUGUGUGUAGACUGUAAAUGACUUUUCAUUUAAAACCUUUCUGAAAUGGAAGAAA